AUAUUGUGAUAUAAAUAACUGUAAACUUUUUUCUACUCAAAAUUAUGUACAAAAAAAAAUGGCUCAAUUAAAACUAGCGGCUAAAAAGUUUUACUAAAAGAGGACACUAUGCCUUCUUUAAUACACUGCUAGCAAAGAGCAUUCUUAAGACUAAAUUUUAGAAUCUGGGAUCAUUAGGCUAUAUCACAACCAAGGGAAAAUAGGAUUUAAAUUUUUUUUGCUUUGCUUAUAAUGUUUAUAAUUUUUAUUUCUGAUAUGAUGAGCAACAAAAUUCAAAUAAUUAUUAACAAAAUCCAGUACUAGAACAGGCACAUCUGGAGCCAUAUUAACGAUUAUAAUGGUUUACAGAGUGCCCAUAUAUACUGUAAGUACGGUAUAUUUGUUUUUUUUAUUCAUUGCCUAUUUUUAAGUGCCAAAAGAAUAUUUUUUUAGUGGAUGACAAUUCAAUUUAACACUUAAAAAUUGUAUUACUAUAAUAUGGUAUGCUGCCAUUCUAACCUACAAAAGGGUAUCUCAAAAAGUAGAAUAUUUAAUAAAAUUAUGUGAUAAGAUUUACUCUAAUUAAAUAUUACAAAAGUGCUCUUAAGACUUUAAUGAAGUAUAAUUACAUUUUGGCUUCAAAAAUCCAUAGAAAACCACUAUAUGAUCUCAUAGAAACAAUAAAUACUUUUUGUACAAAAUUAAAGAUACCCCUUUUUGUAAUAUUAUAGCAGCAUGAGUGUAAGUAAAAAAUUAUAUUCCUCAAACUAAACCAUUAAUUAAUUUAGUCUCGCUACAGAAACCAAGGGUUCACAAGUUACCGGAAUUACAGAGCAACGCGUCUGUUGUCUUAUCAAUAAACAUUAUCAUAUAGUAAACAACAUUUAUUUUUCAAUAAUUACAAAUCUUAGUUUCUGAUUACGUCAAAUAUAAAUUUUUUAUACAAAAAUUAAGUAGUUAUUAAUUAUGGCUCAAUAUAUGAAUGUAGCUGUUGAUGAAGAUGCAGCUCUCCUACAAUUUCCUAAAGAAUUUGAAAAUGCUGAAACAUUACUAAUAUCUGAAGUAAAUAUGUUGUUAAAAUUUCGAAAAAAUCAAAACGAAAGCGCUGAAGAAGAACAGGAAUUUUCUGAAGUAUUUAAUAAGACAUUAACAUACACGGAACAAUGUUCUAAAUUUAAGAACAAAGAAACUAUUGUUGCAGUACGUAACUUGUUAGCUGGAAAAAAACUACAUAAAUUUGAACUAGCAUCAAUUGGAAAUCUUUGUCCACAAUUAGCAGACGAAGCAAAAUCACUUAUACCAAGUUUGGAAGGUAGGUUUGAUGAUGAUGAGUUACAACAGAUUCUUGAUGACAUUCAAGCCAAAUUAAGUAUUCAAUAUUGAUACUUGACUAAGUACAAAACUUAUUUUAACAUUUUCCUUAUAUAAAGUUUAAGAUUUUUUUUUAUGAAUUAUUCUGAUUUAUAUAAUAAUUAAUGUACAACUAUUGUAAAUAUAACUUACUCAAUUCAUUUAUUGAUAUUCCUACAAGGUUAUUUCAUUAAAAUAAGUCUAUUUAUAUUUUAUCAAUAAUUUUAUCAUUUAUUUAGUAAAAGUAAAUACAAUUUAGUGAAGUAAAUUAAGUCAGGAGUCUAUAAUAUACAACCCAUGGGCCGAUUCCGACUCAUGGAAUCUGUGUGGAAUCCAUGUGAAUCUGCCCAUCUCACUUUUAAUGAUCAAAAAGAAUUCAUGUAUAACUAAGGAUACUAAUCACCAUUUUUUGUUAGAUAAUAAUUUUUUAAUAAAAAUGUAUAGAUUAAAGUUA